AUGGAUUUCGUUGGAUAUACCAUAGUAGCCCUUCUCACCAUGUUGAAGACUGUGAAGGGGUAUGGAAGUGGGUGGACAAACGCCCAUGCUACUUUCUAUGGAGGUAGUGAUGCUUCUGGGACAAUGGGUGGGGCUUGUGGGUAUGGGAAUCUUUACAGCCAGGGGUACGGGACAAACACAGCUGCGUUGAGCACUACUCUUUUCAACAGUGGGUUAAGCUGUGGAGCCUGUUUUGAGAUUCAAUGCGUUAAUGACAAAACAUGGUGCUUACCAGGAUCCAUCAUAGUCACUGCAACUAACUUCUGUCCACCUAACUCUGCUCUCCCUAAUAAUGCUGGAGGCUGGUGUAAUCCUCCCCUGCAGCACUUUGAUCUUUCUCAGCCUGUUUUCCAACGCCUUGCUCGCUACAGGGCAGGAAUUGUUCCUGUUCAGUACAGAAGAGUUGCUUGCAAAAAGAGUGGUGGAAUCAGGUUCACAAUCAACGGUCACUCUUACUUCAAUCUUGUUCUCAUAACCAGUGUUGGUGGAGCUGGUGAUGUUGUUGCUGUGUCCAUUAAAGGCUCUAAAACCGGUAAUUGGCAGGCCAUGUCCCGGAAUUGGGGACAGAACUGGCAGAGCAACUCUUACCUUAAUGGUCAGGUCCUGUCUUUCAAGGUCACAACCAGCGACGGACGGUCUGUGGUCUCCAACAAUGUGGCUCCUCCCAACUGGACUUUUGGCCAAACCUACACUGGACAGCAGUUCUGAGUUCUGAGUUCUGAUCCACCCAACUCCGAUCCCACUAAAUUAAGCCCAUCACCUCUAACUUUAGUGUGACUUUCUUCUAGCUACUAUUUCUUUUCUAAUUAUACUACCAAUAUAAGUUAUAUUGUGGUGGUCAGUAUCGUGGGGGCUUUUUUUUUUUUUUUU